UUGAACGGAAGCAGCCCGCCAGCCCCCGUGAAAGCGCUGCACCGACGUCAAGGAUUAAUUGACCACUUGUUUUACGACUCAACUGCGUGCCGUCACCAUGGGUCGCGAGUCGCGGUACGCCCGCAAACAUUACAGGAAACGCUCGACGUCUCCCCGGCGCUCCGGUAGCCGCUCGAGGAGUCGCUCUCCGGACAAGCGUUCCAAGAAGGACGACCGGGACCGAAACCGGAGGGAGAGGUCGCGGAGCCGAGACAGACGCAGGACCCGCUCUCGCUCCCGUUCCCGAGACAGAAAGCGAGCCAGACGGUCCAGGAGCAGGGAAAGGAGGAGAUCCAGAAGCAGAGAACGCAAGAGGUCAGGCAGCAGGAGCCGAGCCAGGAGGUCGCGCUCUGCCAGCCCCAGCAAGAGCAGGAAAACCGAAGAAAAGGCAAAGAGCAAAGAGAAAGAAAAUCUUGAUGUUGUGACGGAAAAGAAGAAAAUUAAGGAGGAAAAGGAAGAGGAGAAAGUUGAGGAUCAGCAGGACUUUGACCAGAACAAGCUGGAGGAGGAGAUGAGGAAGCGGAAGGAGCGAGUGGAGAAGUGGCGCGAGGAGCAGCGCAAGAAGGCCAUCGAGAACAUCGGCGAGAUCAAGAAGGAGCUGGAGGAGAUGAAGCAGGGCAAGAAGUGGAGUCUCGAAGACGACGAGGAUGACGACGAGGACACCCUCGUCCCCGCCGAGGCGGAUGACGAAGACGACGAGGAUGCUGAAGGCAAAGGGGAAGCCAAGGAGGCCGAGCCCAAGGAGGAAAAGAUGGAUGAAGGCGAGAAGGAUCCGGAGGCUGCCGCCGCUGCCGAGAUGCAGGACGACGAGGACGACGUGGACCCGUUGGACGCCUACAUGGAGGAGGUCAAGCAGGAGGUGAAGAAGUUCAAUAUGGGAGGCGUCAAAGGAAGCGACAAGAAGGGAGCGAUGAUAACCAAAGUGGUGACGGUGGUCAAAACCAAAAAAGGGCCUCAGACUCACAAGAAAAAGGGCGAGCUGAUGGAGAACGACCAGGACGCCAUGGAGUACUCGUCGGAGGAGGAGGAAGUGGACUUGCAGACGGCGCUGACGGGCUUUCAGACCAAGCAGAGGAAGAUCCUGGAACCCGUUGACCACGGCAAGAUCCAAUACGAGCCCUACCGCAAGAACUUCUACGUGGAGGUGCCCGAUCUGGCCCGGAUGUCCAACGAGGACGUGAUCGCAUACCGGCUGGAACUGGAGGGAAUUACGGUAAAGGGGAAAGGCUGCCCCAAGCCCAUUAAGACCUGGGUGCAGUGCGGCGUGUCCAUGAAGAUCCUCAAUGCCCUCAAGAAGCAAGGCUACGAGAAGCCCACCCCCAUCCAGGCCCAGGCCAUCCCCGCCGUCAUGUCGGGCCGAGAUCUCAUUGGCAUCGCCAAGACGGGCAGCGGCAAAACCGUCGCCUUCCUCCUGCCCAUGUUCAGACACAUCAUGGACCAGAGGCCACUGGAGGAGUCCGAGGGGCCCAUCGCCGUGAUCAUGACGCCCACCAGAGAACUGGCCCUGCAGAUCACCAAGGAGUGCAAGAAGUUCUCCAAGUCGCUGGGCCUCAGGGUGGUGUGCGUCUACGGAGGCACCGGUAUCAGCGAGCAGAUUGCCGAACUGAAGCGAGGAGCCGAGAUCAUCGUGUGCACGCCGGGCAGAAUGAUUGACAUGUUGGGCGCCAACAGCGGUCGCGUCACCAACCUGCGCAGAGCGACGUACGUGGUGCUGGACGAGGCGGACAGGAUGUUCGACAUGGGUUUCGAGCCGCAGGUCAUGCGCAUCGUGGACAACGUUCGCCCGGACCGGCAGACGGUGAUGUUCUCCGCCACUUUCCCUCGAGCCAUGGAGGCCCUGGCUCGCAGGAUCCUAGCCAGGCCGCUGGAGAUCCUGGUGGGCGGACGCAGCGUGGUCUGCUCGGACGUGGAGCAGCACGUGCUGGUAAUUGAGGAGGACAAGAAGUUCCUGAAGCUGCUGGAGAUCCUCGGCCACUAUCAGGAGAAGGGCUCGGUCAUCAUCUUCGUGGACAAGCAGGAGCACGCCGACGCUCUCCUCAAAGACCUGAUGAAGGCUUCGUACCCCUGCAUGUCCCUGCACGGAGGCAUCGACCAGUACGAUCGCGACAGCAUCAUCAACGAUUUCAAGAACGGCGCCUGCCGCCUGAUGGUGGCCACCUCGGUGGCGGCGCGGGGCCUGGACGUCAAGCAACUCAUCCUGGUGGUCAACUACAACUGCCCCAACCACUACGAGGACUACGUGCACAGGGCCGGACGCACGGGCCGAGCAGGCAACAAGGGAUUCGCCUACACCUUCAUCACGGCGGAUCAGGUCCGAUACGCCGGCGACAUCAUCAAAGCCUUGGAGCUGUCCGGCUCCCCCGUCCCGGCUGAUUUGGAGCAGCUAUGGGUUUCCUUCAAAGACCAGCAGAAAGCGGAGGGCAAGAGCAUCAGGAGCAGCAGCGGCUUCUCGGGCAAAGGCUUCAAGUUUGACGAGACGGAGCACGCGCUGGCCAAUGAGAGGAAGAAGCUGCAGAAGGCGGCGCUGGGACUGCAAGAUUCCGACGACGAGGAUGGAGCUCUGGAUAUUGAGGAGCAAAUCGAGAGCAUGUUCAACUCCAAGAAGCGCGUCAAGGACUUGAUGGCACCCGGAGCGUCGGGCGGUUCGUCGGGCGGCUCGUCGGGCUCGUUGAGCGGCCUCUCGGGGCUGGGACCCACGUCUGCCGGAAACAUCCAGAAGCUGGAGAUGGCCAAGCGACUGGCGCUCAAGAUCAACGCCCAGAAGAACCUGGGAGCCGAAGCUCAGGAUGUAAUGCAGCAGGCCACCAACGCCAUCCUGCGCGGCGGCACCAUCAUGACGCCGUCGGUGUCAGCCAAGACCAUCGCCGAGCAGCUGGCCGAGAAGAUCAACGCCAAGCUCAACUACACGCCGGUGGAGAAGCUGGAGGAGGAGCGGCAGGCGGCCGAGCAGUCGGAGACGGUCAAGCGCUACGAGGAGGAGCUGGAGAUCAACGACUUCCCGCAGACGGCCAGGUGGAAGGUGACGUCCAAGGAAGCCCUGCAGAGGAUCGGCGAGUACUCUGAGGCCGCCAUCACCAUCAGAGGAACCUACUUCCCACCGGGCAAGGAGCCCAAGGAGGGAGAGCGCAAGAUCUACCUGGCCAUUGAAAGUGCAAAUGAGCUGGCUGUGACAAAAGCCAAAACAGAGAUCACGCGUCUUAUCAAGGAAGAACUCAUCAGAUUACAAAACUCCUACCAGCCAACUAGUAAAGGACGAUACAAAGUGUUGUAAAGAAAGGAGACUUGUCAUCAAAGAAUAUUUUUUUGUUUUUAAAAAAACGCUUCCUACAUUUUCACGGGUUUUCAAUGUUUUUGUUUUGUAUAAAUAUAUGUAGCUCCUAGCUGCAAAUCAACGUCAUCACUGAACCCUUGCGCAAUUUUUCCGAGUUUCAUCUUUGUAUAAAAAAAAAAAAAAGCAAUCCAUUUUUUUUUAAACCCCCUUAAAUAAAUCGUGUUGGUGAGGACCUCA